AUGUCUCCUCGCGUCUGGCUCGUCACUGGAACAUCCUCUGGUCUAGGUACUGAACUUGUUAAAGCAGUGCUGGCUCGCGGAGAUAAUGUAAUUGCAACCGCUCGCAAUGCCGACCGAAUCGCCCAUUUAAAGAAGAUUGGCGCUGCAACCAUGCAGUUGGAUAUCACUGUCUCCCAAAGCGAGCUGGAUCGCAAGGCUGAAGAGGCAAUUGCAGUGUACGGCAGAGUGGAUGUACUAGUAAACAAUGCUGGAUACACACAAUUUGGAACCGUCGAAGAGUCUAGCCACGAUGAGUGGUAUGCGCAGUUUAACACGAAUGUCUUCGGCACCCUCAAUACAACUAGGUCAUUCCUUCCGCAUAUGCGAGCAAGAAAAGCCGGUACAAUUGUGUUUAUCGGCUCUAUGGUAGCGUGGGACGGAGCACCCACCGUCGGACCAUACUGUGCUUCAAAGGCCGCGAUACACUACGCCUCCGAGUCCCUGUCUCGAGAAUUAGCCCCCAUCGGGAUCAAAACUCUCCUGGUGGAGCCUGGCACAUUUCGCACUGGGCUUUUGAGUGAACAGAAUAAGAAGUCCGCGGUAACCAAGUUCGAUGACUACAAGGCUCUAAACGAGUCUUUUGAGGGCAUUUUCAACGAGUUGAAUGGGAACCAGGCUGGCGAUGCGAGAAAAGGUGUCGAGCGCAUUGUCGAUGUUGUUAAGGGAGAAAAUGGCGCAGCUGAAAAGGAGUGGCCGGCGGAAUUGGUUAUUGGAUCUGACGCUGUGGAUACCAUUAGGAAGAAGUGUGAGGACACCCUACGACUGUUGGCGGAGUGGGAGGAGGUCUCUAGGUCGACUGAUCUGUAG